AUGGCGUUAGAUCAAUACAUGGAGAACACCGUCUCCCAAAAUGAUUCCUUUGAAGAUAAUCCAUCUUUCAAAAUCUCAAAAACCACCACAGAUUCUGAUAGAAAUGCAUCUGCUGGCUUUGACUGCAACAUCUGCUUAGAGUGUGUGCAAGAUCCAGUAGUCACGUUUUGUGGUCACCUUUACUGCUGGCCUUGCAUUUACAAAUGGAUUCAUAUGCAAACUAGUAUAUCUUCUGGAAACCAGGAGAAGCAGAAGCCACAAUGUCCAGUAUGCAAAUCAGAACUCUCUCAAUCCUCACUAGUUCCAUUAUACGGCCGUGGCCAAUCCACCACAAAGUCUGAAGCUCGGAUGGAUGUACCUCAAAGACCUUUGGGUCCCAGAUCAUAUAAUACUACAACUGUUUCACAACCUACUUAUCAAAGUUAUUAUCAUCCUCGACAGUUCAACUCAAUUCCUACCAGUUACUACUCUUCACCCAUGUCAUUGGACAACUCAUUUGGAAUCUUCGGUGAAAUGAUAUACGCGAGGGUGUUCGGUAACCAGAUGGAAAACAUGUAUGCAUAUCGUAAUUCAUAUAGUUUUCAAGGAAACAAUAAUCCAAGGGUUAGAAGACAUUUAAUGCAAGUUGAUAAAUCACUAAGCAGAAUCUUUUUUUUCCUCCUUUGCUGCUUAGUUUUGUGUCUUCUCUUAUUUUGA